AUGGAGUCAAAUAUAAGAGUUUUGAGAGCCAAAAAUGAUAAUGUCGGAAAGAAGAUCCUUCAAACUCUUAUCGAGAAGCGUCCGAAAUUUGCAGAAUACUUUGGCAUUCAAACGGUUGGCUCAUUGGGUUUUUGUCCGAUUUCAAGCGUAUACGACAUGGCUCAUCGUAUUGGACAAAUUCAUUUCUACAGAGGAGUGAACUUUGGAGCUGACAACUGGUUGGUGUUCAAGAGAGUUACGGUUGACCAGGUAACCACGGGAAAGACAGACUGCAGUACUGAUCCAGAACAGAAUGGUCUCAUUAAGAUUGAAACUGAAAACGAUACAAUAAUCGUUCCUGACUUAGCAAAUCCUUACAGCGGCGAAAAUUGCUUAGCACGUUUGGGAUGGAAUAAGUUAAUGACAGUCAUUGUGCGAGAAAUGAAGAGAGGAUUUCUGGAAGAGGCCAUGCGUAACUGUAAGGAAGAAGACAACAAUGGUCUACUCGGAUAG